AUGUCCGGCGUCGUCCCUGCGCGUGCAUCCGGCUCCCGCAAGGCCCAGAGGAUGGAUGUCGACGACGAUGCUCGAUCGGCAAGCAGUGGCUCUGCCAGUGACUUUGCAGAUGUGGCUGCGGACGACUCGAGCGGGGUCGAUGACGACAGUGGCGACGACUAUGUUGACGAGGACGAUGGCGCACCAGCCGCCGCUCAACCAGUGGAAGACGACGAACCCAGAGACGAUGCCAUCUUCCACCGUAUUGCAGGCUAUGUCUCUGCCAGUAUCCCCGGAGAAGGUGGCAUUGGUCAAGGCAUCGGCGGCGAAUCGUUCCAGCUCGACCUUGCGGCGAUCGACGACGAAGAGUUGCCACAGGCAUCCAAGCCUCGUCGACGAUUACAACGAGUCCACCGUCCCACAUACGAGGUGCAGCAGCUCCUGGGUCGCGCCAACAUGGCGUACAUUACCCAGAACCACGAGGAAGCGGUCAAGCUCUUCCUCGAGGUCAUCCGUCACGACCCUCAAGUCCAGGCCUCUUGGACGACUCUUGCGUCCGUAUACGACGAGAUGGGCCAGACCGACAUGAGUCGCCAGAUGCGCUUCUGUGCCGCCCACAUUGAGGAAGACCCAGAGACCUGGCUCGACCUCGCCGAACAGUUUCGCGGUGAGGACAACACUGCGCAGGCGCUCUACUGUUACCGUCGCGCAAUCAAAUUGGACGGAUCCAGUCCCAACCUCAUCUGGAAGCUCGUUGAUAUCUACCGCCAGACCGGUGCCAACAACAAGGCCGUUGAGGCGCUCAAGAAGAUUCACCGUGUCGAGCCUACCUUCCUGCGCGAUUUCAACAUGCUCAUGGAGGUCCACCCAAUCAUCACCGAAAGCAAGCAGUUUGCGUUCGGUGCUACUGCCUUUGGGGAAGCGUUCGUUUACAACUUUGCGACAUUUGACAAGCCCGAGGACCAGGCACCGGAGAACACUAUGACGAUUGAGAACAUUGUCAUCUAUGUCGACUACCUUCUCAAGUCUGGUGACCCUGAGACAGCUGUCAACACCAUCCACCGUGGACAGCGUUGGCUCCAGGGACGCAAGAUGGAGAAGGGAUGGGACGCUGUCGACGACGACAGCGAGUACUACCCACCACCAGAGGACAACGAGGAAGACGCCGACGUCGUCGAGGCCCGCCACACUGGUUACGAGCUUGACAAUCAACUGCGUUACCGUCUCGCCAUUGCUCGGCUGCGCCUGGGCCAAGACGAUGAGGCCAUGAUCCAUAUCAAUGUCAUCUUUGACCUUGACGCCAUGAUCCACGGCGACAUGUUCAAGGAGCUCGGCGAGGCGCUCAUGAAGCGUCAGCUGUGGGAGACGGCUCUGGAAUGUUGGGCUGUUUUGCACGACCGCGACCUCGAAGACGAGCCCGACGUCAUCUUCAAGUUGGCCGUGUGUCAGCAUCAGCUGAAGCGUAACGCGGAGGCUCAUGAGAGUCUCAAGUGGGUGGUCGAGGCGUCACCAGCCAACGUCGAGGCGCGUCUCGAGCUUGCCUCAGUGUUGGAAGACAUGGGCAAGAGGACCGAGGCACUGGAAAUUGUGUCUGAAGUCAUUCGUUGGGGUGAAGGUCGCUCGCAGGAUGGCCAGAGCAAGGGCGAGCGGGUCCUCGCCCAGAGGUUGAACAAGCGCGUGCUCGAGGCUCAGGCGUCGUCUACGAUGAAGGGUCUGUGGGAAGACGUCCAGGCUGCCGAGGAAGGUAUCAAUAACGGUGAAGCGUGGGCGCUCGACAAGUUUAUCCACGCCGCUGGGACUAUGAUUGAGACGUACCGCCUGGCCAAGAGCAACUUUACCAAGAACCGUGGUAUUACGCGUGUCGCCAAGCGCCGCAAGUAUGGGGCGAAAAACGACAUUGCCUCGCAAGCCCAGGCCAUGCAGGACCGUCUCGAGCGUACUCUUGGCUUUGAGGACGACACACCCAUGGACGGAAAUGACAAGCACGAUUACGAGGUCAUCCGUCAAACCCAGUUCUAUGGCAUCGGCUGCGAAGACUGGCUCGCGUUGACCAUCAAGUACUGCUGUGUCCUUAUGGUCAAGAACGAAGAGGACGUCGCCAUGGACAUUCUUGAGCACGUCGUCUGGUCUGGUCUCUUCAACACCCGUCGCUGCGAAAUUGCGCUUCGUCUCGCGAUUGUUGCAUGUGCGGCUCGCAUGAGAUCGUACGACCGCAUUGCCGACAAUUGCAAACGUCUUUCGCAAAUGCACCAGUUCCGUCCUGAGCCACUGCUCCUUCUCCUGUCGGCCCUUGGAGGUGGUUUCAAGCAGCAAGCCAUCUGGUCCAACCUGGCCCUGCAGAAAUUCCUCCACCGUGAGGUUCGUAUCUACGACGAGGCUGUGUGCGGCGUCAAGCUCCGCUUCAACAAGCGCCACUACCGCUGGGCCCAAAUCUUGACAACUGGCCAGUCGCGGCGACUGGGAGAUAUCAUUGAUGACGGCGAGGACGACGAUUCCGGCACACCUGCCAACAAGUCGCAGUCGCGCAACCCCGAGGCCGGCGGCGAUGAGGAUGACGACGGUUCGGACGAUGACGAUGGAAUUGAGCACGACGGCGAGCUCGAUGAGGAGGUCCCCAAGCCCACCAAGCACUCGCCCAUUUUCAACACUCUCUACGGCCAGAACAUGCUCACUACCAAGUCGUACCAGAGCGCUCUCUUCUACUUCCUACGCGCAUACGAAGUCAACGAAUACGACCCGUUCCUCUGCUUCCUUAUUGCCCAGGCAUACCUUGGCCGUUCUCUGAACCGCCAGUCUGACAAUCGCCAUUUCCAGGUUGCACAGGGCCUUGCGUUCCUGACACGCUAUCGUAAGCUGAGUCCGCAAGACCCGCAGUCGCUCGAAGAAGUCGAGUACAACUAUGGUCGAGCAUUCCACAGCCUCGGUAUCACACAUCUUGCUGUGUCGCACUAUGAGCGGGUUCUCACGUCUGUGCGGGAGCGCAUGCACGAGACGGACGACUAUGAGGAGCGAGAGUACAUUAGGUCGAGCUCGCUGGCCUGGGAGUCUGCGCACAACCUCGUGCUGAUCUACACUUCGUCUGGGUCGCUCGACCUGGUCCGGAGCCGGUCUGAGGAGUGGCUGGCGCUCAGAGAUUGA